AGCUGCUUAUUAUCGUUUCAGUCAUUAUUGGAUUAUAGGGCACUCGAAGCCUAUUAACCUUUACACAGACGCCUGUCUUUAAGGGUGACGGUCGAGCUGUGAUGAAGUUUUAUCACAUUCUAUUGUAGUUUAAUUUUGAAAUUGUGAAAAAUCCAGGACUUUAUUUUGAAAAGCGGCGACGUCUAAAAUAUAGACACGAAACAAGUCUACACGACUCAAAGCACUCGCUCACUUUCUAGCGCUUAGUACGCGUGGGGUCACGGGCUGGAGACGCAGCUGUCAGCACCCAUGGGUGCAGCCGGACUGGACCCAGGUGAACACACCGUCACCGGCGCACUCACACCUACGGGUGAUUUAAACCCAAGUGCGCGUUGGACUGUGGAUCCGGAGAAAAGCCUCGCAGGACUCCGGUACCGGACCUUCCGCUCUAAGCGGUUACUUCAGAACAAACGAAUAAAAACCUUCAUCAGUGGGAUUUGACCGACUGACAUUCGCUGGUGUUCGCUGGAGAUGCAGGAGAUUUUCUUAGUGAGUGUGUUGAUAUGUUUGAACGCUUCAGCGCAGUGAGCAGUGACGGGCACAUCGAAUAAUGACUUCAAGCCAGUAAUAAAGACCGGACAAAUGCGCAGCGGGUGCGUUGCACGUGGUGUUGGAGGAGCUUCAUCAAACAGCUGUGACUCCGCUCACUCACUGAGACCAACGUCUGCUCGCGCUCCUUAAUGGACGCGAUCGUUUACAUUAUUCUUAAACGCCUGGAUGCUUUUUCCACUGUAAUCCCGUUAACCUGAGCUGAAAAUCACCACACGCCUCCAUUCACAGUAUUGUUCGUAUAAAACCACCUAUUGAACUCAGAGUUCAAUAAGUAACGGUUUGUCAUAGGUUUCACUUAGGAAACCUGUUGUUGUUGGUGUAAUAUUGUAUUUUAUGAGCGUUUGGAGCCUGAACAGGAUCAGACUGUUUCUCCGCCCGGUCUCUGAGUCCCUGCGUCUCCGCUCACUGAGGGAACUUACGCACGUGCGGCCGUGACACCUGUUGCGUUCGGUCCGCGUCUCGUGCACAUACGCCACAUGUUGCAGCGCUGGAGCUGUGGUCCGUCUCCCGUGUUUCCUCUCUGCCUCGUUCCUGUCACGCUGAACUGUCGAAGGGCAACAAAGCUCCAUUGGUGACUCCAUUAAAGUUAAAGUCACAUCCAAAGCAUCAGCAUCCAAAUCUCUGACUGGAGACUUGUUGUUUUGCAGCUUUACACAGAUAUUAGGCAAAACGGAAAGACACUCUUUGUUCCUCCCGCUUCAUCCUUGAGCCGCCGACGUCAGUGGAACGUUUCAAUCUCCUCUGAUAUUGGGGUUAAUCUUAUUAUGAAGACUUCUCCUGAGGCGCUUCUUCGUCAGUAACAGCCAAGAUGGAGACUCCGUUCUACCACGACGACUCCCCCGCUGUCCCCGGCUACAGCCCCAUCGCCGAAUACGAGCGUUACCCGGGAAACAAGAUGCUGCUAAGUAAGAAGGCCAUGUCACUGGCAGGCGCUCAUCACUUUCCCAGCGGUGGUGGUGGUGGUGGUGCAGCUGGAGGCAGGGCCGCAAACGCCAACAACCUGGGACUCGGCGGCGGCGGCGGCGGCCUCAUGUCGUCAGUGACCUCAGCAGACAUGAACCUGCUGAAGCUGGGCUCCUCUGACCUGGAGCACCUGAUCAUCCAGUCCAACCAGGGAUUAGUCACCACCAGCCCCGUGUCCAGCUCCGGCAACCCCUUCAUCUACCGGAGCCAGGCCACCAACGAGCAGGAGGGCUUCGCCGACGGCUUCGUGAAAGCGCUGGCGGAUCUCCACAAGCAGAACCAGCUGGUGGGAGCCGGACCCAUGUCCCCGGGCGCGUCGUCCUCCGCGCCCCUGCAGGCGUCCUACCAGAGGAACCUGAUGUCGGCCGGAGACGUGCCCGUGUACACCAACCUCGGCAGCUACAACCAGAUGCCGUAUCCGGCCGCACACGCAGCGUACGGGCCCAACUCGGGCCACGGCGGCGGCGGAGCCCCCCACGCGCACCCCCGAGGCCUGGACGCCCCCCAGACGGUCCCCGAGGUGCCGCACCCGCCGGGCGAGCCCAUGUCGCCGCCCGCCCUCUCCCCGGUCGACCUGGAGACGCAGGAGCGCAUCAAGGCCGAGCGCAAGAAGCUGCGCAACCGCAUCGCGGCGUCCAAGUGCCGCAAGCGGAAGCUGGAGCGCAUCUCGCGGCUGGAGGAGAAGGUGAAGGCGCUGAAGAGCCAGAACUCGGACCUGGCCUCCACGGCGAGCAUGCUGCGGGAGCAGGUCGCUCAGCUCAAGCACAAAGUCAUGAGCCACGUCACCAACGGGUGCCAGAUUGCGGUGGGAUCGGCUCCCGCUUCCAAGUCUGGAGGAGGCGGAUCCGCCGGCAGCAGGGACUCGAGCUGCUGAGGAGGCUCAACAGGCGCGGAGCGGCUUUUACGCUUUUAUAAUUGGGGCCAACUCGCGCGCGUGCUCUUGAUGAGAGCGAGCGGCUCAGUGUUGAAGGCGCCUCGUGGACACAUGGACGUCUAACAGGGGCAGUGCCCAAAAACACCCUGACGGAGGCUGAGGGGGCGGAGCCGAGCAGGGAGCGGAGGCAGGAGAUGGGGCGACGCCUGAACUCAGCACCGGCCGCGAACGCAGCGUUCGGAGACUGCGGUUUCACACCGAGCGCGUUUGUCAACAGGCAGUUCGAACGUAUGACAAUUUUCUCUACUUUUAGGUGUCAUGAAGUCUUUUUAAGUUAAGUGGAAACAUGCAAUUCUUAUCCACUCGCGCUACAGUAAAUAUUUAUCAUUUUCAGGACAAAGUGGCUCUCAGUCAUGUGAUAUAUGUGAAAAACAACUACCUUUAAUUACAUAAUGAGAACUGUUUACAGCAGUUCCACUUUCAGAGACAUUUUUUCAGAUUUCUUCAACCGAUCAGUGCUGCAGGUUGUUUUGCAUAUAAUUAUCAUAAUCUCUUGACUUUGAAUUCAUUACUCUAAUUGUGUUUUAAUGCAGAUAAACUGUUGAUAAUCUUUUUUUAAAGCCCUCUGGUCACUGGCGGACGCUUUUCUUCCGUCCUUUGGCUCCUUCUGGUUUUAGAUAAUGCUCAUGUUGUCGGGCUGUUAUUGUGAACCUGUGGGUCUGAUGUAGAAGAUGUCAUCACUGGACAUCUUCUAAGUGUGUAAAUAAAGAUGACACCUCUCUGUGAUCCUGAAUGUAAAUGUUAGCAGGAGAUAAUCCACUGUUUCGGGCUCAUAACGACGUCCAUGAUGAGGGGGGAGCUUUGAGCAGCUUGUGGAUGAACAUCUGACGCCUGCGAGGAUGCUGACGAGACCUUGAGCGAGACGAAAUCAGUUCCUUUGUCGAGGUUUGAUGGACACAAAACAAUGAAACACUGGGUUUUUCUUAUUCAGACAAACCGACUUUAGAAAACGUUGUGUGUUCAUUUAUAUUUUCUUACACAUUUGCAAACAUACAGUGAAGCUGAUGUUGGAUUCUGUUUCUGCACUGACUUUGUUGUCCAGUCCACAUCUUCCUGUUACAGCUGUAAUAAUUCAAAUAAUAAAGAAAACAAAAUCCUUGUUUGCUGAGUAACAAGAAAUAAGGCUUCACUAUUUCCAAAACAUUUCAUUACAGAACAUGAAAUCUUGAGGAUGAGUUGCAGUUGUUGCAGACUUUAUGUGAUUUUUAAACUUGAACAAGGCUUUUAACCUGAUAUUUCUAUUUUUUUAAAAUGUAUAAAUGUUGUUAUUGAUAUAGUUAAAUGUGAUUCUAUCAAAUUCAUUGUUUCUCCAUUUAUCAUGAAUAUCUUUUGUUAAACUGAUGUGUCACGUUUUGUUAAUAUAUCGGUGAUGAAAUAUUCAUCUUGUUUUGCAUUUUAUUAAUUCACAGUUGCCACACGAGUCAUAGCGCACUGCGGUUUGCUGCCUUGCUCACAGGUUUGGGUAGAAACCCAAAAUUAACAAACAAAAUAAAACGUAAGUUUGGUUUUAAAACAAAAAGAAAAGAAAAGAACAAAAAAGAAAGCAGACAGAUUUUAGCAUCAACCACAUGAAAUCUAAAAUUACAAAUUCUAUGUGCGGUAUUAUGUCUGUAUUGAUAAAAGCAUUAUUCCCAGUAACAACAUUCAGUAAUUUCAUGUAUUAAUACAAGAAAUCAACAUUUUAAGUUCAUCAUUUAAGCAAGCGGUGAAAAUCAGCUGAUCUAAAUAUUGUAAAUCUAAUUAACAUACAACAUAAACAUUAUGUGGAUUAUACCACCAAAAAAACAUGAUGAUGAGAAUGUCUCAUGCUGGAGAUGAUAAUUAGCAGUAAAAACAUUUUAAGUCUAAUGUGUAUUAUAUACGUGGUUGUGAGCAACUGAAAAGUCUGAAAUCAGACACAGAGACCUGGCUGCCGACCAACACAGGGAACGGACUGCGUAGCGUUACAAGAUACUACAUUUAUCUGAGUGCACAUGUUGGACGGACACAGACAGAGUAACUACUGAAAAAUGAGCAGGAAUAAACUGUAUGAAAUGAUACAAACAAUGACAGGAACAGGAAGCAGUAAUAUAAUUACCACAUAAUCAUCACUGCAUGUGUCAGGUACAAACAAAGUAACAAAUGAGGCAAGAAUACAUACAUACAGCGACUGCAAAACUCUGCAAAACUCACAAAACUAACAAACAAAAACAAACAAAACUCAAAAUCACUGCAUGAGUAGGAAUUCUCCAGAAACAAUGUAGAAAAAAAGUAAAGCAAACAAACAAACAAACAAGCAAACAAACAAGCAAACAAACAAGCAAACAAACAAAC